AUGGCAUCGAGCGGGCUCCCAUCGGGGGCUUUCCUGACCACCCUCAAUGGGCGGCGGUGUACGGCGGUCCCCCGCGUGGCGGCGGUAUCUACGCGUGUGAGCAGCGUCGCUGCGGUGACCACGACAAGCAGUUUGACCAGCAGGUCGACCAACAGUUCGACCAGCAGUUCAACCACAGCAAUAGCCGUGGUCCCGUCGAAGGGAUUAGCAGCAGCGCCGGCCGCAGACAUAGAUGCAGGCACCGAAGUGGCCGAGCAGAGUUCAACGAGUACGAUGAGCCCCUUCUUAGUUACCACCACAACCAUUUCCUCCGGCUCGGUGCGGAUUGCGCAGGCCCAGGGCAGUGAGUCGGGCUCUUUGGCACGCCCAUCAUCACCUUCGCCUGACGCUCUCCCGACAUCCGACGCUACUUCCCAGCCCUUCGCUGCCGUUGCGGACAUAACACCCUCACAAGCGUCCGUAGAACAGAGCAGUCAAGCUGAUGCCAGCGUAACAGCCCCGGCUGUAGCAGAAACACCGGCGGCUUCGUCAGAGUCUACUCCCGCCGAGUCCCUCCCUCCUGACCUACCACUGGGCCCGGUAGCCACACCCCUCCUCACCACUAUUGAGUCGCUGCCGACGCCGACCGACGCCACAGUGGCCGACUCAACGGGUUCAACCUCGGCAGAUGCAGAAACGAGUGCGAUACCCAACUCCGACAACAAUGCGGUCCAGUCGACCGUGGCAGUGGCCGGCGGCGUCAUUGGUGGGGUCGUCGCUAUCAGCGUUCUCGCAUUCUUCAUCUGGUGGUGGAGGCGUCGGGCGCAAAGGAAAAGGAGAAGCACCCUUCUGACACCUCUCGACGUGGUUCCAUCUUAUGACCGCGAUGAGAAGGGCGGUUAUGUGAUCUCGCGUGGGAGUAUUGGACCAACCCCUGUGGCAGUGAAGGUCAAAGCUGCUCUCGGCCACAACUACAAGAAAAUCCGAGGCCAUAUCAGAAACCGAACAGCGCCAUCGGUGAACUUGGACCGGGGAACUUCUCAAUUUAUGGAUCCCGCCAUGAGGCACAGUCGUUCCAGUUCAGGAAUUAUCGGGGCCGAGCCGACCACGACGGAUCGUCUCAAGGAUUGGUGGUCAGGACUGGGCAAGAAAUUCAACCGCCGCAACAGUAGCGCCCAAGAGAAACCCCCAGGUGUUACCCAGGAGAAGAAGGUCUCAAGCUCACAGCCCGACUUCUUGACCCUUCUCAACAUGGAUGACGGGGAGCUCGACCGCGAAGCGCAACGACGACGAGACAGCAUCGCGCGGGUCAACGGCCGCGCCAACUCCAGCGACAACUUCCUAGGCGGCCUAAAUCUAAGCUUUGGCAACGACAACCCCUUCAGCGACGCCAACGCCAUCGCCCACACCUCGGCCAAGCCGGCACCUCUAGCGGUGAGCCAAGCCAACGCAGCCAACCCCUUUAGCGACGCAAACGCAAUCACCAACCCGCCCCCCACUGUACCCAAACCAACCACCUACGUCGCCGACAUCCGCCGCUCCCGCAGCAACAGCACCACCGCCGGCCGCCAACCUAGCACAAUCUACAAUUACAGCAACGCCAACCGCGACAGCGCCGGCUCCCUCCGCUCCAUGGCCACAGCCACAACCACCAACCAGCGCAACAAAUUCCGCUCCGACCCCUUCGACCUCGAGCGGCCCGAACUCCUCGCAGGCGGCAACAGCAACAGCAACAACAACAGACCCGUCAUCCCCGGCAGCCGCACAAGCAGCACAGCCGCCACUGCCGGAUCCACCCCCUCCCCCUCCCCCUCCCCCUCCCAACAACAACAGCCUACACAACCCAUGAUGACGAUGGCCAUGAACCCGCCCGCGCGGGCGCGCAACCCCGGGCCGAGUCCUUCUCGUCCCGCUACUCCAAGUUCUCCAAGUACUCGUUCCGGCGUCAGCGCCAUGUCCGCCGACAAUCGGGGCAGUACCAGCAUGGACUGGAGCGACCCCGGCCCGGAUGUCGGGCCUGCUGCUGCGGGGAGGUGGGUUGGUGGUGGUGGUGCAAGUGGUGGUGGUGCAAGUGGUGGGGGUGAGAGUGGGAGGGUUAAUGGGGGGAGGCUGAAUGGGGGUAGUUUGGGCAGUUUGGGGAGUGUGGGGAAGGCUAUGUGA